UGUCAACUACCAAACGAAAUCAAUAAUCGCCUUUCAAAGUUGUUAAUUCGAUUUCAGUAAUUUUCUAAUGCGAAAAUUUUAAUUUGUCAAUUUUAAACUACACAUUUCGCAAAGAAAACUGUGUCCGGUUAGGGGCAAAGUUCGUGCGUAAACCGGGCGCCGAGUCGAACGUGUGAAAUUGUGGAGUAAUUUGCGGUGUUGUGUUGCAGUGAGGAAGAGAAAAUUGUUUACAUUUUUUGUUGUUGAGCUGCUUGCAAGUGAAUUGUGCAAAUAGUUUAAUUAUUAAAUAUUUAUGAUUGUUUCCGACCUACUUCACAUCUUACGGCGCAGCUAGGCGAGGUGAUAAAAUGUCGGGUAAAACAACGAGAAUCAGCAUGUCAAUCGCCUCCAAAAUAUAAUGUGCUCACCCGCAACAACCUACCGCUUGAGUUUUGAAAUAAAGUCUAAUGAAAACGGAGAUUCAAGCAACAACAAUGUUGCUAAUGCAAAAACAAGGAAGCCGACAACAGUUACAAAAAAUACAAAAACAAACAAAACAACACCUGGAGCUGGAGCAGCAGCAGCAGCAGCAGCAUCUAGAACUACAGCAACGCACCACAAAACUUCUACACCAAUGCAACAACAACAGCAGCAGCAAUUGCAGCAGCAACAACAACAACAACACCAGCAAUUGCAAUUGCAGACGACGCAAAAGCAGCCACAGGCGCAACAGUUAACCAACAACAUAAUAUUGCUGCGCGGUGCACGUAACGAAAAUGGGCAGAUUGUCAUUCAGAAUAAGCACGGCAUAAUAAGUAUAUUUAAUACUGAACAGCAACAACAGCUACAGCAACAACAACAACAAUUACAACAGCAGCAGCAGCAGCAGCAGAAAAUUGAUAAAACAACCGUUGCUGCGACACUGACACAAUUGCCCACAGCCACAACUGUUGCACGCAAAUCAAUACAAGCAACAACAACAACACCAUCAACAACAACAACUACGUUACUUGGAAGCGUAAGAAAUACUGGUUAUGUUGCUAAGGAAACGCCACCAACAGCGCCGACACCAAAUAUUGGCGCGAUUGGAGGAAAUAUGACUGGCGCCGGCGGUAAUGUCGGCGGUAAUAGCAGCAGUGGCAACGCCACAAAUACGAUUUUGCUGCAAACGCCAAUCAACGCAAGCCAGUUGGAGUCCGUAUUAUUGCAUUCGGCCAAUUUGAAGAAACAAUCCAAUGCUUCCACCGCUGCCGAUCGCCAAUAUCUCUUCAAAACAGCCUCGCGCAGUCUUAGCACCGACAGCAAUCGCUUGGGCCGUGCCUCGGACAGUGGUGCCGCCAUGGGCAGUAGUAGUUUGAGUCAAGCUAGCAGCAGUAGCAACAGUCUUUCCAGCAAAGCGCCAUUUGUAUUGCAAACACUUAAACGACUCGAGAAGUCACAAUCUAUACUAGUCAUACGUAAUCCAUCUGCCUCAUCGGUAGCUGCGCUUACAGCUUCCGCUUCCGCCUCAUCGCUCUCUACUGUCGCCGCCACAUCGUCCAGUUCUGAUCGUGUGUCCAGUACUGGCGCUCCAAAUGCACUGCUUUCAUCAUCUUCUGCCUCUUCGUCCCAUUCGGGAUCAACCCUUUCAUUGUCCACAUCCACGCAUGUGAGCGCGCCCACGCAAAUGGUUAGUGUUAGUACGAAUACACAGGCAGGCAGCUUAAAUUUUGCACGUGCCGUAAAAAAUCGGCAGACUACCGGAACGGCUGUUGUGCCAUCUACUGCUACAACGACAACCAAGUUGGGAAAUAUCACUGUGAACCGCACCAGCAAUGGAGCAUCGGCAAAGUCAACGUCAACGUUAUCAUCAGCUGCCACCACGACAACUACAACAUAUUUGCGUUUAGAGAAUGCAACAACUGUGUUUGCCAAUAACACUAACGGUGGUAAUCACAACAAUGCUAGCGUCAAUGGUGUGGCUAUGAGUAAAGUGGUUGUGGUCAGUGGUAGUAAGAGCCAUAACGCUGCCGUUGUGGCAAAUGGCAACAAAAAUAUGAAUGCCAGUAGCAUGAAAAGUGUUGACACACAUUCACAACAACAUCAACAACAACAGCAGCAGCAGCAACAACAACAAACGAAAUUAUGUCUGACCGACGUGCAGUUGAAAUUGGACACUCGCAACGGUGGAGGAGCUGGAAGUAAUAUCGUCAUUACGACACCUCAACAGCAAUCAGCAAUGUCAGCCAUACAACAACAGCAACAACAACAAGCACAUGGGCAGCAGCAAAAAACUUCGUUGUCAAAUGCGCCUCGUGGGAGCGGCAAUCAAGGGGAAGCUAGUUUCGCGCGUUCCAUGACCUAUGCUUUGGUCAUUGUCCUGACUACGAUUAAUUCAUUGACAUCGGAAAUCGAAAACAAUAUGAUGGUGGCGAUUCCGAAAACUUAAGAGAUCACAGACUCAUAAAAGAUCCCAAAGUCUUUUAAUUCAAUAACAAACUUCAAGUCGGAAAAGGAUUUCUUAUAAACUAUGUGUGCUAUUUAUGUAGCUCUACUUGAAGUGCACUCUUGUCAUUAAGAUUUAUUACAGUAGAGUAAAUUUGUAUGUAGAUCACAUGCAUUAAAAAAAAAGUAGAAAAGCAAAAUUUAAUUCGAAUUCUGAAUAAAAUAUAUCCGAAUAUCCAUUUGCGAAUCUCUGCUGAAUCGCAACAAAAUCGACCCAUUUCUCAAGUAGAGUUUUGACUGUCGCUAAAAGUGGAUCACCUACGAAAACCUCAAGCGAAAGCGGUCUGGGUCGAAACACUGUGAGUCGGCGAAAACGGUGGCCUAACCAGAAGGUUUUGCUG